AAAAGUGAAUCUGGUCUCUCAGCUUUUAAUAUCAGAACUCUCGAUUACUUCCUAUCCGCUUUUCUUCUUCUUCUUCUCGCGACUCUCUAGGGUUAGGGUUUGUUGAAUUUCACGCGUUAUUCUUCUUCGUCUUCUACAAUUCGCGACUAGAGAAGUUAAUUCCAUUGAAGGUAAGGUUGGGAUAGUUUUUGGUUUUAGAAGAUACUAAUGGCUGGAGUACUAGCUGGGGAAUGUUCUUACAGUGAGAGUGGAGUUUCAUCACACUCAAGGAAUUCUCAUGAAAAGCAAGAAGAGGUUUCCCGCUGGUAUUUCGGAAGAAAAGAAAUAGAAGAGAAUUCACCGUCAAGGUUAGAUGGUAUUGACUUAAAGAAGGAAACGUACCUCCGCAAAUCCUACUGUACGUUUUUGCAGGACUUGGGCAUGAGAUUGAAAGUUCCCCAGGUUACAAUAGCUACAGCGAUAAUCUUCUGUCAUCGAUUCUUCUUUCGCCAAUCACAUGCAAAGAAUGACAGAAGGACUAUUGCAACUGUAUGCAUGUUCCUUGCUGGAAAGGUUGAGGAAACCCCACGGCCCUUGAAAGAUGUUAUUUUUGUCUCCUAUGAGAUAAUAAACAAGAAGGAUCCUGGUGCUUCACAGAAAAUCAAGCAAAAGGAAGUAUAUGAGCAACAAAAAGAGCUUAUAUUAAACGGAGAAAAAAUUGUUCUUUCUACUUUAGGCUUUGACCUCAAUGUUCAUCAUCCUUAUAAACCCCUUGUAGAAGCUAUAAAGAAAUUUAAGGUUGCACAGAAUGCUCUCGCCCAAGUUGCAUGGAAUUUUGUUAAUGAUGGUCUUCGGACAUCUCUCUGCCUGCAAUUUAAGCCUCAUCAUAUUGCGGCUGGUGCAAUAUUUCUUGCGGCCAAGUUCCUUAAAGUGAAGUUACCAUCAGAUGGGGAGAAGGUUUGGUGGCAAGAAUUUGACGUCACACCCCGACAAUUGGAGGAUGUUAGCAACCAAAUGCUUGAGCUUUAUGAGCAAAACCGUGUCCCUGCAUCUCAAGUAAGCGAAGUCGAAAGUAGUGUAGGUGGAGGGUCAGCUCAGCGGCCAGGCUCCAGAAAUGCAGUUUCAACCGAUGAGCAUGUUGGUUCUAGGCAAACAUCAGUACGUUCAACCCAUGAAAAUUCAAAUUCUGAUAAUCAUUCAUCGAAAGGAGUAUUGAAUCAGAAUAAUGAAAAUGGGGCUGGUGAGGCAGCUAAUGUCAGUGUCGAUCACAAAGAGGAGAUAGAGAGAGAAACAAAAGAAAGCAGCCUACAUCCUGAAAGUCAUCCACCCCAUAAGGACAAUGUAAGAGAAGCCCCCCAUAACUCUAGACCUUUAGUUGAGGGACCUGCGAAAGACAACUCAGAAAGAGAGGGUGGAGAGAUUCAAGAUGAUGGUGCUGUUCAUAAAUCUAGAAAUGUUGAUGUGGGUGAUGCCCCAAUCAGCCAAUCGCCAAAAGACUUAAAAUUGCUUCGAGAUAAGGUGAAGGCUAAACGAGAGAAAGCUAAAAAGUUACUAGGUGAAAGGACGAGGAAAAAGGAUUUGAUGGAUGAGGAUGAUUUGAUUGAAAGAGAAUUGGAAGAUGUGGAACUAGCUGUUGAGGAUGAAAAGACGAAGGAAAGGAAAGUAGAGAACAGGCCAAAAACCGAGAACUCUGAUCUCAUGGGUACAGAACAUGGUGAGAUUCUAGAUGUUAAAGGAGAAGUCAAAAAUACAGAGGAAGGCGAAAUGGUAAACGAUGUGUCCCCGAUGAUGCAUAGCAGAAAGAGAAAAAUGGGAAGCCCUCCUGAAAAGCAGUCAGAAGGAAAGAGACGCCACAAUAGUGAGAAUGGUGAAGAAGGCCACCACAACAAAACGAGCAGAGGUAGUAGUCAUCAUGGUGAUAGAGAGCACAGAAGACACUCACAAGAGAAUAACCAUUCAUAAGAAGAGGUAAUGAUUAUUAAAACUGCUACUCUUUAUAUUCCAUCUUAUGGUCUUUUUAAUAAAGACCUUUGGCACUUUGAUGCCCCAACCAUGUGAACUUGACUUCUGCAUGGGUCGGUUCAGUCGUUGGAACCAAUGCUCAGUGUAUUUUAUGUUGAUUAUAUAUCUCUAUUUGUGGCAUUUUUGCACAAUCCAACGGCUUGAACGAGGACUCAUCAUCCUAAAAGGAUGUUGAGAAGCCUAAUUAGGUUUUCUUUCCAAUAAAGUACUCCAUGCUAGGGAAUUUAACGUAUGCAUUAUCACCUGCUUUUUUUUUUUUGCUACUCUAAAGCCAGGCAACGGUUUGAUUCCACUAGGCAACUUCAUACUUGCAUUUCUAUUUUUAUUUUUUUUGUGCGCAAGUUUCAUACUUUCAUUUGAUUCCGGUAGGCAACUUCAUACUUUCAAUUUUUUUUUUUUUUUGUUCGCAAGUUUCAUACUUUCACUUGCUUCCAUUUUCUAGUAUACAUCUCAUUAGGAAAAAAGUUUCCUCCACUAUGGUCAUAGGAAGUAUAGAUUGUGGUUAAGUCAGCUUCACCCUUGAUAACUUUUUUGUUACAGCAGUGUUUUACAUUAAUGUGUCUUCUCCAGAAUUUUGUUAUUACAAUGUCUUUCUAAGUUAUAUACAAUGUAAAAGAGAAAUCUUGUACGGUAUUGAAGUGAAUUUUAUGUACUUGAAUGAAUUAUGUUCUUAUGUA